CUGUCUUGAAUACAAAAGGACAUCUUCACAGGUUCAGCACAGGCACGCUGCUGUUUUUGCGGGAUACUUUUUCUUGCGACUGCCAGCCUCAGGUAUGAAGGCCUGCUUAGUAUUCCUUUGCUUACUGGCAGCAACAUUUGCUCUGUCUGUGAAAAGUAAACCUCAUGGAAAGCAUCAUGGGUUGCAUAAGAGUUUGCACACAACCAAAGAAAAGGAUGCUACCACAGUGGAAGCCAAUAAGCCAAAGAUCUUACCCACUCUAGUCACAUUUGAGGCCAGCAGCCAGGAGCAGGAAGACGAGGAACUGAGUUCCGAAGACAACGCUAACAAGGAAGAUGGAGAGAGGGCUGAAAAGCGAGAGAAAAGCACUGCAGUUCUGUUGAGUGAAGAAGAACUGGUAGACCUCCUGACGAAAGAGGCUGAAGAGGAAGAUGAAGCUGAAGUAAGAGAGCUGGAGGAGGAAGAAGUAGAAGCUGACAAAGCCAAGGUUGAGUCUAGCGAGGUGGUUGAGGUCGCUGAGGAUCAGGAGAAGUUGGAUGAGAAUUCAGAGACAAAGAAACAUUUGCUGGAUGAGGAAGAAGUGAAAGAAGACAGUGUGGAAGAUGUGAUAGAGGAGAAGGUGCAGAAGAUGACUCAUUCAGAAAGGAAGGAAGAGCCUACUGAAGCAGAGGAAGAUGGCAGCACAGAAUCAGUGAUUCCAGUCAAUCUGGACUAUGCUGCUGAUAGUAGCCUCCUGCAACCUCUACAGACUGCAUCAGCUAACGACAAAACCCACUCUGAUGACACCAAGCCUACUUCAAAAACAGACAUCAGAGAGAAAGAAACCAGUGGGAAAGAAAUGGCCAAUAUCGCUGAUGACUAUGAACCUGGCAUGCAAAACACAGAGGCAGCACACAGCGAGGAGGUGUCUGAUCAGACACAGGACAAAGAUUCCUCAGACCAAGACGUAAGUGCCAAGAAAGAACCUGAAGCAAAUGUGGAUCAUCCAGAGCCAAAGGGCGAUGCAGAGCUUGAAUUGAGGGCCACUCUAUCUGGAAAGGAGGAAGAGAAGAGUAAGAAUGUGGGUGCAAGUCACACUAAGGCAAAAACGAGGAAGCAAAAGAAAAACCAAAGGUCAAGGAAGCACUCUCCGGACAGGGAGGAAACACAACCCGGACAUGAAGAGGGCCGACAGGAUCCUGAGUCUGAGAGCAGCAGCACUGACAAUACAGACCAAAAGACAAAGAGGAGAAGGGCAGGAAAAUGGGGUCCUUUAGUUGGUGUGAAUCCGGUGCAGAUAAGAGCCGCAGCCGAACUGUACCCAAGGUCCAGGCCCUCUCUUGGCGGAGACAUACAACUCCCAGAAACCCCUACUGAUCCAUGUGAAAACUUCCGUUGCAAACGUGGAAAAACAUGCAAACUUGAUGCGGACAAUAAGCCAGGGUGUGUGUGUCAAGAACCGUCAGCGUGCCCUCCCAGUGUGAAUGAGUUUGACUAUGUUUGUGGGACAGACAACAAAACGUAUGACACAUCAUGUGAACUCUUUGCUACUAAAUGCAACUUAGAGGGCACUAAGAAAGGACACAGACUUCACCUAGACUACACUGGGCCAUGCAAAUUGAUACCUCCAUGUGUGGACAAUGAGCGGGUGCAGUUUCCUCUACGAAUGAGAGAUUGGCUCAAAAACGUGCUGCUCCAGCUCUACGAACAUGACUCCAUAACUCCUGGCUUCCUCACUCCUAAACAGCGUUUCAGAGUGAAGAAAAUCUUUGAGAGUGAGAGGCGCCUUCAUGCAGGCAAUCACUCUGUUGAGCUUCUCGCACAGGACUUUGAGAAGAACUAUAACAUGUACAUCUACCCAGUACACUGGCAGUUUGCUCAGCUGGACCAGCACCCAUCUGAUAGGUUUUUGUCCCACUCAGAGCUGGCCCCCCUCAGGGUCCCCCUGGUGCCAAUGGAGCACUGCACCUCUCGCUUCUUUCAGGAGUGCGAUGCUGACAAAGACAAACUGGUAUCAUUUAAGGAGUGGAUCACCUGUUUUGAUAUCAGGAAUGAGGACAUGGAUGCCAACCUGCUUUUCUGAGUGUUGUAGCUUGAACAUCUGGCUGUUGAAGUUCUGUCUAUUCAAAAUGAUACAGUACACGCUCUGACAAGUACAGAUGAAACAAACCCAUGUUACCUCCCGCUAUAAACAAAGCUUUGUGUAAGGCUAAGCAUGGACAUUUAAAUCACUGAUCUGUAAUUUAGACUGAGCUGCUAGAACCGUCUAUUAGAAGAAAGAAGUAGUUAUUUUUUUGCUGGCUGUGUUCAAAAUCUUUACUACAAUGCAUUCCAAACUGGGGCAAAGUUAUUGCAGCUUGAUGGUAGAAAAAACAUUGUGCAGUACACAGUGCCAGGUAGUACCACAAUUAGUAGCAGACAAUUGCAGAUUCCUGUUUGAUACUAGCAAAUGUAAAAUAGCACCUGUAUUGGCUAACUUAGUAGCAAAUGUGUACAUGUUUGUCCUCAUAUAUUAUGCUUCCUUACACUGCUAACUAAAGGCAAUAAACAGCAAAGAAAUUCACAAUUUCAGAAUAUUUCAGUAAACUCUGUUGCUUAUUGAUGUUUGUGCUGAAAUAAAG